GCAAAGAAGAAUAAGAAUAGUAAUUUUGUUAAUGAUUCUUAUUCUUCUUCUUUCUUUGCCAACUUCCCUCCCAAAAUUCACUCUUUUUUUGUUCUUCAAUGGAGGCCAAGCUUCUUUUGAAAUCUUCAACCACCUUCGCUGCACCUUGUUCUCUCUGUGAUUCCUCAAGACCCUUUUCUUCUUUUCCUCUCACAACUCCAAGGCCUUCCUUUCCCUUCAACCCCAUUUCAGAUUUCUCCCAAAAAUGCACCCUUUCUAUUCGACCAAAUGCCGCUUUCACCGAAUCAAUGCCUACAAAGAAAAGGAUUGAUGAAAGUGAAAACCUGACCCUUGAUCAUAUAAGACAUUCAUUAAUUCGUCAAGAGGAUAGUAUAAUCUUUGGCCUCCUGGAGCGAGCGCAAUAUUGUUACAAUGAAGAUACAUAUGACCCUGAUGCCUUCUCCAUGGAUGGAUUUCAUGGCUCAUUAGUGGAAUACAUGGUCAGGGAAACAGAGAAACUUCAUGCCAAGGUAGGCAGAUACAAGAGCCCUGAUGAACAUCCUUUCUUUCCAGAUGGCCUACCUGAACCAUUGUUACCGCCUUUGCAAUAUCCUAAGGUAUUGCAUCCUAUUGCUGAUUCUAUCAAUAUAAACGAUCAAGUUUGGAGUGUAUACUUCAGAGUUCUUAUCCCGCAACUAGUAAAGGAAGGUGAUGAUGGUAAUUGUGGAUCCACUGCUGUUUGCGACACAAUGUGCUUGCAGGCACUUUCAAAGAGAAUUCAUUAUGGAAAAUUUGUAGCCGAGGCUAAAUUUCAAGCUGCCCCAGAUGAAUAUAAAGCAGCCAUUAUUGCACAGGACAAGGACAAGUUGAUGGAAUUGCUAACGUAUCCCGAAGUCGAAGAGGCAAUUAAAAGGAGAGUGGAGAUGAAGGCCAAGACUUAUGGUCAGGAAGUUGUUGUAAAUAUGAAGGAACAUAAAACUGAGCCAGUUUACAAGAUUAAUCCAAGAUUAAUUGCUGAUCUAUAUAGUGAUUGGAUCAUGCCAUUGACAAAGGAAGUUCAAGUUGCAUAUUUAUUGAGGAAGCUAGAUUGAAACAUAUAUAACACCCAUCUUUUUAUGGAUCUUAUUAUCCAAUUAAUGGUAUGCUUAAUUUGGAUUGGUUUCUUUUCAAUAUGACAAUAUAGUUCUAGCAUUUUUAAAUUAAAGUGUGAGGGGUGUUGUCUUAUUCAUGGACAACGAUUUUCAUUA